CUCCCACGGUAAAGUUUUUAAAAGAGCAUAUGGAAAAGGCUGGAUGUAGCAUCAGUGACAAUUUCAUGAAGGCUGUUCAUUGCGAUAAACAGAUCAGUGGCGGUUACCUUCGCGGUGAAGGGAUAAUGGUAUGUGCUAAUUAUAUGAAUCUUCAAGACGAGGUUAACCAAGUGGUUAUCCAUGAGCUUAUUCAUGCAUAUGAUGAUUGUCGAGCUGCAAAUUUGGACUGGACUAACUGCGCUCACCAUGCUUGCAGUGAGAUCCGUGCAGGUCAUCUUAGCGGGGACUGCCAUUAUAAGCGUGAAAUUUUGCGGGGAUUUAUGAAGCUUAGAGGUCAUGAACAGGUCAGUUUCCCCCUGAUCAGCUUUUUACUUUUUUUAUGGUUAUCCCUUCUCAUCAUAUUCUUUUCUGUGUGUGUGGUAUUCUGUUAGGAGAUUAUUUACUUUCGAUUUGGUUGCUCUUUUUUCUAAGUCAAUUGACAUAGCUUCAGCCAAAUAUCUUUUCUUUAGUCAUUGUUGUGCUUUUGCAAUUCAUUUUUUUUUUUCCAAUUGAACUGUAAUUUAUGAAGCUAAGUCUAUCAGCGGAAUUGGAUAACUAUUCUGAUGAACAUACUCGUACAUUUGCUCUAAAUAUAGCUUUAACGUCAUGUUUUUUCUAAUCUUUUGUAAAGGAAUGCGUGAGACGAAGGGUCAUGAAAUCUGUUAUGGGGAAUCCACAUUGCUCUGAAGCUGCUGCCAAAGAUGCCAUGGAAGCUGUUUGGGAUGUUUGUUACAAUGAUACUAAACCCUUUGACAGAGCUCCUUGAUAUUUGUUACACCACAUUUUUUUUUUUCAUUGCACAUUCUUUUGCUACAUGUAUA